GGUUAGCGGAAGCUGGUGCCGGAACCAGCCGCCUUAACCUCGCGCUGUGGAGGUUUCUAUGGUCAGGCUGAAGACGGGCUGCAACAGGGAGAUACAAACAACACCAGAGACUAAGCUAAAAAAAAAAACACCAGCACGGAGCAUAAAGAAGCUACGAAAUGCCACACAAUUUCCGACCCGGGGAUCUGGUCUUCGCCAAAAUGAAGGGCUACCCGCACUGGCCGGCUCGGAUUGAAGAUGUGGCUGAAGGAGCUGUGAAACCGCCACCUAAUAAAAUCCCCAUAUUUUUCUUUGGGACUCAUGAGACAGCCUUCCUUGCACCGAAAGACCUGUUCGCUUAUGAGAAGUACCAGGACCGGUAUGGGAAGCCAAACAAAAGGAAAGGAUUUAAUGAAGGAUUGUGGGAAAUACAAAACAAUCCACAUGCGUCUUACACUGCCCCGGCUCCUGCCAGCUCAUCUGAGAGUGAGGACAACGAAGCUGCAGCAGGAAGUGAUGCGCAAGAUGAUGAAGAGGUGGUGGUACCGAGGAAAGCCGAAUCAGGAAGUGAGGAAUCUGACUCUGGAAGUGAAGAUCAAGGCAGAGGAGCAGUGAAACGGAAAGCUCCAGCACCUAAGAGGCCGCCGGCAAAGAGAGGGCGAGCAUCAUCCAGCGAGCGAGAUGAAGAGGAGAGUGGCUCUCCCUCAGAGCCAGAACCUUCCCCCAGCUCUGAAUCAGACUCUGGCAAAAACAGCGACCAGGACUUCACUCCACAGAAGGAGUCGGGUGGCCGGGGAGGCAGGAAGCCUGCAGGCAGAGGCAGGAGGAAGAAAGCGUCCUCAGAUUCUGAUUCAGACUCAGGCUCUCGGUCGGACCAUAAGCAGGACAGGAGUGAUUCUGAGGAUGUGAAGCCACGGCCAGCCGUCUCUGGAUCCGAAUCUCAGUCUGGAUCAAAGUCAGAGUCUGAAUCAGAUCCUCCACCCAGGAAAGCUCCACAGGCACGCAAGAAAGAGAAACCACCACAGAAGCCACGUGCAAGGAAGCCUAAACCAGCACCAGAAAGAGCUCCUUCCUCUUCUUCAAACAGUGACAGUGACAGCGAGUCAGACCAAAUCAGUGACUGGAAGAAACGAGACGAGCAGCGGCGGCGGGAGCUGGAGGAGCGCAGGAAGAAGGAGGAGGCAGAGGAGCUUCGGCGGUUGAGGGAGAGAGAGAAGGAAGAGGAUGAGAAAAAGAAGAAGGAAAAAGAGAGCAAAGGACGGAAAGACGAUGAAAGCAGUAGCAGCAGCAGCUCGGAUGAAGGCGUAGACGACCACCCUCUCAAGAAGUCCAAGAAACCGCCGCCACCUCCUAUCCCUGCACCUUCAGAUUCUGAUUCACCACCGCCCACUGAGGCGAAAAAGCUAGCUAAACGUCAAGAUAGCCAGAAAGGCAGACAAAAGAAAGAGAAAGGGCAGAAAGAGAAAAGAGAGAGGAAGGAGAAGAAGGUGCAGCGAUCUGAGGAGAAACACAGAACGAGGUCAAAGCCUGAGAAGCCAAAACGACGAUCUGAGCGUCCACCUGAGAAGAGAGUAGAGAAGAAAAAAGAGCCAUCUCCAGAAGAGAAACUCCAAAAGCUGCACACAGACAUUAAGUUUGCACUGAAGGUGGACAACCCUGACAUUGAGAAAUGUUUACAGGCCUUGGAGGAGCUGAGCGCUGUACCAGUCACCAGUCAGAUCCUACAAAAGAACUCUGACGUCAUCACCACACUCAAAAAGAUUCGACGAUACAAGGCCAGCAGUGCAGUAAUGGAAAAGGCUACGGAGGUCUACAACAAGUUAAAACUCCAGUUUGUUGGAAAGUUGGAGACAAAUAAACCAAAACCACAGGAGAAGGGUGAGGAGGAAAAUAAAACGGAGCCACCGUGCACAGAUUCCAAACCAGUGAACGGAGAGUCAGAAGCUGAGAAAAAGGACGUUGUUUCUGAAAGUGAAUCUAAGGAUCCACAGUCUGCAGAGCAGGAUGAGCAAAGUGACCACAAAUCACAGAACAACGAGAGGCCUGGAGCAGACAGCCCAGUUGAGCAGCAAUCACAGAUGGCUGAGGAAACAGAUCGCACUUCAACAGCAGACACAGAGCCUCCACUACAAAGCUGAAGAUCUGAACUGCUCUUUUCUUAACUGAACUGAGAACUUUUGUCGUUGAUUUGUGUACUCUGUGAAGACAUUAUCCUUACUCAAGGCCACAUUGCUCUUUUACACGUGUACACAGUCUGACUCUUUCCUUACAUUUGUGUCGGUUUUGUCCACCAUUUAUAAACACCUGUUCUGAUGUUGUAUAUAAAAUUAUACAAAAGUUAUUCCCAGUAUGAACAAGGUCAGCAAGAGCUUUGUUUGUGUUCAGUGUGGCAGUGAUCCUGCCCUAAAUGAUGUUUGGUUGUAGUGAGGGAGUCAACGUUAUUUAAGGACGCUGAUAUUUAAAAGAAAUGCCCAGGCCCUGAUAUGUGUGAAAACAGUGUGUUUGGUACUUCGUAGGCCACCUUUUGUUAACCAGACUCCAUUUCUUUUUCUUUCUUUCUUUUUGUAUAUAAAAAAGAAAACAUAGAAAAGACUUUUUUUUCAUUAACCAGAACCCUAUGUAAAUUGAGCCAUACAGCAGGAGUUAAUGAACUAUUUUCAUACAGUAGUGCACCUGAAUUUUAACCAACAUGAAGUAUGAUUUGCAGUUAUAGUGAUAAGGGGCUUAAUGCUAAACUCUGUAGAGCAGUCCUGCUGUCCAGUCUUUUCAUUAUUAAUUCUGUGUCUGACGCCUCAACACAUUUUGGAGGAAGUUGAACAUUUGCUUGUCUUGCGUAUAUAGAUGUUUUUAGUGCAAAUGUAAAUUGGUCAGAUCAUUUUUAUCAUUGAUGGAAAUUGAAAUAAACCUCAGCAUGGUGGCCCUAAUAAUUGA